AGUGUCACCAUUCGAGAAAUUAGCAUCCUGAACAAGCUGCAACAUGAUAACAUUGUCUGCUUGCACCAGCUGAUCGAUGCUGGAGACAUGAUGUACCUGGUCUUUGAAUUUUUUGAGCGCGAUCUCUCCACCUACUUUCAACAAAUUGCACCCAACAGAAUGGACCGUGACCUUGCACACAGCUACCUGCAUCAGCUUUUCGACGGUCUUGCAUAUUGCCACGCCCGACUGAUCAUCCAUCGUGACAUCAAGCCUCAGAAUCUGCUGAUCGACGAACUCGGGCACAUCAAAAUUGCGGAUUUUGGUCUUGCACGCCGUGUCAACCUGCCCAGUCGACCCUACACGCCAAAUACACAAACGCUCUGGUAUCGUGCCCCUGAGCUCCUAUUGCAUUCACAUACAUACGGGGCCGCCGUCGACCUCUGGAGCAUGGGCUGCCUGAUGGCUGAGAUGCUCACUGGCAACUCAAUCUUUAUGGGACGCGAUGAGAUUGACAUGAUCACCCGCAUCUUCCGACUCCUUGGUAUGCCUACUGAAGAUGAAUGGGCGCGUGCUGCUCUUCCCUCUGGCUUUCGUGGAUUCAACGCUCCACGGCGCACAAUGGCUGGCAUCUUUCCAGCCCUAUCGCCUGAAGACGUGGAACUUCUGAACCAACUGCUCACGUACAAGCCCGAGCAUCGUAUUGAUGCCUAUAGCGCCUCGAUGAGCCCGCUGUUUGAGCGUUUCCGGUGUUAG